GUGCUACCGCUAGACGCGUGUGACAUUGACAUUUCACUGUCAGUCCAUUGUUUAUAAGUGCCGGAAUCUUGUUUAAUAACAAGAACUUUAAUUGGAAAAUCUCAGCGAAACUGUGAAGGAAAAAUGGCAGUCCGGACGUACGGGGAUAAACCGGUCACAUUCAAGUUGGAAGAUAAUGGGGAAUACUUCUGCGUUGGCUCAGAGGUUGGGAACUACUUGCGCUUGUUCCGAGGCUCCCUGUACAAAAAAUACCCUGGCAUGUUCAGACGCUCGAUUACCAAUGAAGAACGAAGAAAACUGAUCGAGUUGGGGCUGUCCCAACAUUGUCUGGCCAGCAGUAUUUCCCUGUUACGUGCCUCUGAGGUGGAGGAUAUUAUUGAGGGAAACGAUGACAAAUACAAGGCAGUGUCGGUGCACACAAGCGACCCGCCCGCUCCCAGGGAAAGCAAGAGCAAGAAAAACACCCAAUGGGUGCCAUCCUUGCCCAAUUCCAGUCACUUGGACGCAGUGCCUCAGGCUACUCCCAUCAACAGAAAUCGAGUGGCAGCCAAAAAGAUAAGGACGUUUCCGCUGUGCUUCGACGACACUGAUCCACAAUUGAACAUCGAAAACGCUUGCCAACAAGAGCUGUUGGUGCCGAUUCGAUUGGACAUGGAAAUUGAGGGGCAAAAACUUCGCGAUACUUUCACUUGGAACAAAAGCGAGAGUCUGAUAACGCCGGAACAGUUUGCCGAGGUGUUAUGCGAUGACUUGGACUUGAAUCCGCUCGCAUUUGUGCCGGCAAUUGCCCAAGCCAUUAGGCAGCAACUUGAGGCCUUUCCGAACGAGCCCCCAAGCAUUAUUGAGGAAAACACCGACCAGCGAGUGAUCGUUAAACUAAACAUCCAUGUGGGAAACACUUCACUGGUUGACCAGGUUGAAUGGGACAUGAGUGAAAAGCAGAACAACCCCGAAGAGUUCGCCUUGAAGCUUUGCUCCGAGCUGGGAUUAGGCGGCGAGUUUGUAACGGCGAUUGCAUACUCAAUUAGAGGACAGUUAAGCUGGCAUCAACGAACUUAUGCCUUUAGCGAAGCUCCCUUGCCCACAGUGGAAGUUCCUUUCAGGCCGCCAUCGGAAUCUGACCAGUGGGCCCCUUUUCUGGAAACCUUAACCGACGCCGAAAUGGAGAAAAAGAUCCGGGAUCAGGACCGAAACACUCGAAGAAUUCGACGAUUGGCAAACACUACGCCAGGAUGGUAGACUGGAUUUUUUUCAACGUAGGAAGCUGAUGUAAUUUUAUUGGAAUUAACUUUAGUUGAAAGCGAGUUAUUUCAGAUUCAUUUUAUUGACUAUUCGAAAGAAAAAAUUAUACAGAAAUUAAAUUUUAUUUAAAA